AUGCUGUGGCACCGGCGGCCCCGAGGUUCGCGGCAUUCACGGAACGCAUCUCCAGAGUUCAGCCAGCAGGCUCAUGUGAAACAGAUGUCAGAAUCAAGCUCCUCCACCGUUCUGGGAGCCUCAUCGGUGUCCCACCGUUCCCCUGGGCCGUUCCGGGAGCCUCAUCGGUGUCCCACCGUUCCCCUGGGCCGUUCCGGGAGCCUCAUCGGUGUCCCACCGUUCCCCUGGGCCGUUCCGGGAGCCUCAUCGGUGUCCCACCGUUCCCCUGGGCCGUUCCGGGAGCCUCAUCGGUGUCCCACCGUUCCCCUGGGCCGUUCCGGGAGCCUCAUCGGUGUCCCACCGUUCCCCUGGGCCGUUCCCGGAGCCUCAUCGGUGUCCCACCGUUCCCCUGGGCCGUUCCGGGAGCCUCAUCGGUGUCCCACCGUUCCCCUGGGCCGUUCCGGGAGCCUCAUCGGUGUCCCACCGUUCCCCUGGGCCGUUCCGGGAGCCUCAUCGGUGUCCCACCGUUCCCCUGGGCCGUUCCGGGAGCCUCAUCGGUGUCCCACCGUUCCCCUGGGCCGUUCCGGGAGCCUCAUCGGUGUCCCACCGUUCCCCUGGGCCGUUCCGGGAGCCUCAUCGGUGUCCCACCGUUCCCCUGGGCCGUUCCGGGAGCCUCAUCGGUGUCCCACCGUUCCCCUGGGCCGUUCCGGGAGCCUCAUCGAUGUCCCACCGUUCCCCUGGGCCGUUCCGGGAGCCUCAUCGAUGUCCUGGCCCAUGAGAUGA